CGAACCUUGAUCAAAUCGCCCCAGGCGCCCUGUUUUCACCGUCGUCCGUUGUUUGUUGUGUGAGUGGAAGGAAAUUUAAAUGGAAUUCUAAUUCAAUUCAACUGUAAACACUGGUUGCGAUCAAGAUUUUGGCUUUGGAUGCUUAAAAGGCUGAGAUAAAUUCUUUUUUCAUGGUUUUCAGCAGAAGCUCAUUACAAAAGGGAUCAGAAAAGGCGAUGUGUUCCUCGACGUGCCGCGCUGGUGUCCGCGGAGAGCCAGCUCGGGAACGCCCGGUAUGGAGCCGCUGAGCGGCAGCGGACGGCCGUCGCGCUCCCGAAGCACAUCGCCAGCGCCCGUGUCGCGCAGCACGCCCGCCACGCCCGCCACGCCCAGCCCGAGCCACCGGCUGCUAUGCCACCCGGCCGUCGGCCAUGAACAGGCAGCAUAGCUUACCCUUGUUCAAAAGCAAAUGGGGCUCCGAGUCAACGGCACCCUCCUCCACGGGCGGCGGUGGCGUGGCGGCCGCCAGCACGCCGUCUCGGCCGCGGCGGCGGCGGUCCCCGCGCGGCGGCGGCGGCGGCGCGCCGGCCGCCUGGCGUCACCGCUCCGACCUGGACGCGGCGGCCACCCUGCGGCAGAGGCGCGACUCGGGAGACGAGCCCUACUCGGCCGCCGAUGACGAUGAGUCGACCACGCCUCUGGUGGGCGCCGGGGCCGAUGUCGACGAGGUCGACCACCUAGAGCCGGCCGAGGCGGCCCGCGUCAGGGAGGCCGCCGAGACGGUCCAGACCAAAAUCGCCCGCUGCAAGGAGGCCAUCAAACAACAGCAGAGAGUGCGCGAUGAGAACGUCAACGAGUACCUGAUUCAGACUGCGACGGUACAGGACCGGGCGCAGCUGCAGAAGCUAAAGGCGCUCUUCGAGAAGAAGAACCAGAAGGCGGCGCAGCAGAUGGCGCACCAGCAGCGCAAGCUGGAGGCGUACACGCGGCGCGCCAAGGACCUGGAGACGUCGGGCCUGCCGUACCGGCCGCCCAAGGAGAUGCUGAAGGAUGUCGGGCAGGGACUUAGGAACGUGGGUGGCAACAUUCGGCACGGCAUCACAGGACUGUCCGGGGCCGUGGUUGGAAACAUGAAGGGCGGGAUCCAGGGAGCCGCUGAGUCAGUCAUGUCCAAACCUCGUGAGAUUGCACACCUGUUGAAGAACAAAUUCGGCAGCGCAGACAAUAUUACCGCCCUCACCAACGACUCGUCGGAGGGGACUCCGACGCGGAGUCACCACGGCAGCUCGACACUACCUCCCGGCAUCCCCUCCUCGGUGGUCAGCGGCAACACGAGCGUCGGUCAGCUACGGUCCGAGGAGGGUAGCGAUAUCAGCAGCGCGGCCAGCGACGCCGGCGCGCUGGGCGGCGCCGCCUCCCCGCGCCACCAGGCCAGCGUCUCGUCAGCCGGCGGGGGCGGCGGCGGCGGCGGCGGGCCCCCGGACGGCGCCGGACUCAUCUCCGAGCUCUGGGAGCGGAAGGAGGAGUGCGACAGGCUGCGCGAGGACGUGGAUACCAUCAAGGCCACCCUGCAGCAGGAGAUCACGCUGCUCUCACAGGCCCUGCAGGAGGAGAGGUUCCGCUACGACCGGCUCGAGCAGCAGAUGAAUGACUUCAUCGAGCUCCAUCAGAACGAGGUGGAGAACCUGCGGCAGCACAUGCAUGACAUGGAGGAGAAGGUGCAGUACCAGAGCGAGGAACGCGUCAGAGACAUUCACGAAAUGAUGGACAAGUGUAAUACUCGGAUCUCCCGUAUGGAGCACCAGCAGGUGGAGCACCAGCAGCUAGUCAACAUCGAGGUGAUCGGCAACUCGCAGGCGCGCGCGCUGGUCGUCAAGCUGGUCAACAUCGUGCUGACGGUGCUGCAGGUGGUGCUGCUCAUCGUGGCCACGCUGGCCAACAUCACCAUGCCCUUCCUGCGCACCAGGGUGCGGACGCUGUCGACGGUGCUGCUGAUUGUGAUCAUUGUGUUCGUGGUGCGGCAAUGGGGCGAUUUCAGCGAUCUCUUCCAUCACUACGUCAACUAUGUGCGGACUGUGAGCGCCGGUCAGACGGGGCUCACGGGCUCCGCGCCCAGCCCCGGCCCCUCGCAACACACUUCUCAGUAGCUCCAAAGGAGGUGGGAACGCGCGGCGGCGUCCGGUAGGCUAGAAAUUCCACGUUCUGUUUUAAACGACAGCAGGUACAGACAAUUUUACCGAUGUCUAGCAAACGGUGUGUAUUUUCUGAAAAUGUCCUGUUUUCACAACACGACUAUCAUGUAGCGUCGGCAGUGUUCAGCUCGGUAGUGUUUGUUAAUUUUGCGCUCUCCACCUGUCUGUGUUACGAGGGGCCGCGCGGGACGGGAGACCGGACAUCGAACUGCGAGCCGAGCCGCUCAUCCAGCGCCACAAACCAAAGCCUUUAUUUUAGCCACGUGCGCCGGCGCGCGCGCGCGAGCGCACGAGGACGAUAUCUUCGACUCGCGUCAAUGUGUUCCUGUGGUAACCAUGACUGUACUCAGAUGUUUCGUUAAGGAUGUGAUGCGAUGAAAUAUAGCACAAGCUGUU